UUCAGAACUUCCGAGUCCAUGAAAUUCACAAAGGAAAAAGGAGGAGCAACAGAUUACUAUGACAGUAACCUCUCAUCUCUACUCACCUUUCUUCUUCGUGAUCUUCAUCGUUGCCUUCGUCCGCUCUGACCUGCUUCCCCGGGGUGUUCAUCCUAUAGAUGAGAAAUACUUUGCGUCGGAGGUGAUAAAAUGCAGGGACGGAUCGAAAUCGUUCACCAGGGACCGUCUCAACGACAACUAUUGCGAUUGCGUUGACGGGACCGAUGAGCCUGGAACUGCAGCUUGUCCAGGAGGCAAGUUUUAUUGCAGGAAUGCGGGGAGUGUACCUAAUUUCAUUUUUUCUUCUCGCGUUAAUGAUGAUUUUUGUGAUUGCUGUGAUGGAAGUGAUGAGUAUGAAAGCAGAAUCCGUUGUCCCAAUACAUGUAUCAUGGGUGGGACUGUUGAGUACAAGUCUGAAAGUAUUGGAAUCUCGGUUCAUAAGGACUUGGAAAUUGAUACUGUUGAUGUAAAAGAAACCAAGAAUGGUGUCAAUUUAAAGGAAUUGGUUCAGACGCUUGAAGGGUUGAAGUUUGUGAUAUUCCUGCAGAUGUCUGCUGUUGGGUUUUUGAUGGUCUUGUGGGUAUCUGAAAAGCGUGAUAGAUCUAGGAAACGCCGUCUUCGAUGAAGGAAAAAGAAUCAACUUUUAGCUCACUGUUUGAUUUUGGGCUAUGAUAUAGCGGUAAGGUCCUAUUUUGCUUGUUUCCGGUGCAUAUCUGCUCUGAUACGAUGGAUUCCUCUGUUUCCCUUCUCUCAACCCAAGAAGGGGCUAGACUUGAUCUGGGUGUUGAUUCCAUUAGGUUUAUAAAACGUCAAUCCGAGAAACAUCAAGAAAAUUCAUUCUAAUGCACCGAAGAGGUUCAAGAGGAUGAAGAAUUCUCUCAUACAAAUAUAGAAGCUUUUGUAUGUUGUUGUAAUGAUUGUAUCUAGUUAAUCUAACUAUCUACCGUUUCCUUGUGUCUUUGUGAUAUCUGCCAGCAGAUAAUUUGAAGAAAUUGUUGAGCUUUUUUGCUUUGCUA